UUUGUGUGUGUGUGUGUGUGUGUGUGUGUGUGUGUGUCUGUGUGUAGCUGAUGGAUUCAGGCCUCAGGGAGUUAAUGGAGGAAACUGGACUAAAACUGGAACCAGAGGAAGUUUCUCCAAAGAUACUGGGACUCUGGGAGUCCGUGUACCCCCCCAUGCUGUCCAGAGGACUUCCUAAGAGACAUCACAUAGUGGUCUACAUGCUGCUGCACUCCUCCCGCUCUCACCUGCAGCUACAGGCCUCUCUGAGCCCGUCCCCCGCUGAGGUCAGUGCCUGUCUGUGGGCCGACAGCCGGCUGGUCAGAGCCAUCGUGUCCGCCGUGGACGGAGAGGACGCUGCAGUUGGACUGGACGACCUGCCGAGCAGCAUCAGGUACGACCGGCUUCAGUUUCCAGCCUGGUGCUGGUUCGGGUCUGGUGCUAGUUCGGGUCUGGUGCUCGUGGCAGAUCAAAGUCGGGUCAACUUGUGAACCCUGUAGAGCCGCGUCAUUAAGUCGCUGUAUAUGUCUUCAACUAGCUGACAUUACAAAAGCAAGUAAAGCUGAUUUCUAACAUCAGGGACACAUUGAUGUCACUGCUAACUGCCCCGAGGCUCCUGCAGCCCCUCUAGAAAGUAGUGGUGGGCGAUACCGCAAGAUUUGGUAUCGAUCCGAUCCGAUAGCAGUCGGCGCUCCUUUCCCGCUCCGCGCUGUGACAGGAGCGGCACUCAAAAGCAGCGGCACUUACACAGAGACUGACAGACAGAAACUAAAGUA